CUAAACACCACAAUCAAACGGUGACAAAACACAAGAUAAAAGCGAGGAAAACAACAAUCCAGACGAUGGACUCGCGUGGUAACAAUAGGUUUAAUGAAAGCUCCGAAGACUGGCACCAGACGUCGACUGGAAGGUUUGAAUUCUCGAUCGCGGCCCACCGGCGGAUCGGGAUCGGCGCUUGUCGAGGCGAAAUGGUGUCACGCCCCGUUCACGAUUACGACGUCACUACUGGCACUCUCCCUCUGCAUCCAGUGUUUUUUCCUGUCUUCGAUUAUGAAUGACUCCACUUGCCCUGCUGUGUAUCAGACAAUCUGAUUGUUUUUGGUGUUUUGACAGCUAACAGAGCGUUCUAUCUC